UAUAAAAAGGUACUAGACACUCCCAAACAGCACUUGCCUCCUUCGGUCCUUCGGCUAAACAAAAAUGAAGCUGCUCAUCGCCGUCCUCCUCGUAGCCUGUGCCUUCCAGGCCGGCGCCGUCCCCCUCAUCAUCGGCAGGGUGCUCCACACCGGCGUGAACGCGGCGCGCACCGCGGCCCACGCCGGCAUCGACGCCACGGCGGCCGCGGCCGACCACCUCGGGGCCGCGGUGCGCGGCGGCCUCGCCGUCGGCGAGAAGGUCGCUGAGACCGGCCUGUCCCUGGGCAAGAAGACCGUGGCCAAGGGGGUGUCCGUCGCGACCGGCGCCACCAACCUCGUGGAGGGUGUGGCCGACCGCGCCCUCGACGCCUCGCAGAAGGUCGUCGACAAGACGGCGGCUGCUGCCCGCGGAGGUAUCGACGCCGUGCAGCAGGUCGCCAACAAGGUCCACCUCGACACCGUGGGGCGCCUGGCAGGCACGGCGGCCCGCGCCGGCGUUAGCGCCGCUGAGGGCGUCGCCGACAAGGGCAUCGCACUCGGACACGUCGCGACCGACCUCAACGCCGGCCUCGCCAACGUGGCCAUCGACACCGUCGACAAGGUUGCCAAUGUCGGCAUCGACGCCGCGCAGAAGGCCACCGACGUCGCCAUUGACCUCGCCCGCACCGGCGUGGAUGCCGGACAGUCCGCCGUGGCUACUGGCCGCAGCGCCGGGCACGACGCCACCAACCUCGUCGCCGACGCCGCUCACAAUGCCCUCAACGUCAUAGGUUGAUCGUGUCCCUUGCACUUAUGAUUGUAAUGUUAACUGUGCCAACUGUGUUAACAUGAAACAAUGAAUAAAGACUUGGAUCAGAGCGGA